AUGAAGUUACAAGUAUCCAUUCUGCUGAUGCUGCUGUCCAUGAACAUUGUCCGUGGUGGUGAGGGCUAUUAUCCUGAACGAUACCAGAAACAAUCCAGUGUGAAAGGACCACCUUUCUUACCUUUCAUUGCAAAAAGUCAUGUUUUACAGGCUAGGGGAGAGCAAGGCCCGUCUGGCCCACCAGGCCCAAGAGGGCCACCAGGACCUACAGGGAGUCCAGGAAAACCAGGGUAUGGCAGCCAAGGACCUCCAGGACCACAAGGUCCCCCAGGGCCACCAGGACAUUCUGCUGUUGGAAAGCCAGGCCUGCCAGGUUUGCCAGGAAAACCAGGUGACAGAGGACUACCAGGUGAAAAAGGAGAUAUGGGACCUGCAGGUCUCCCAGGGCCAAGAGGGUUACCAGGAACCGCUGGAAUUCCUGGUCCAGCAGGGAUUUCUGUUGCUGGCAAACAAGGACUCCCAGGGCUACAAGGGCCGAGAGGUAUCCCCGGAGAAAAAGGUGAGCCAGGCAUACCUGGCAUAAAUGGACAGAAGGGAGAAAAUGGAUAUGGAAUUCCUGGUCGCCCAGGAGAAAGAGGGCUGCCAGGGACACAGGGGCCUCCAGGACCGCCUGGACUUGCAGGGGUAGGGAGGCCUGGGGAUAGGGGAUAUCCGGGACAGCCAGGUAUUAAAGGUGACCGGGGUUUACCAGGCACACCAGGGUUAGCUGGCAGCCCAGGUCCCCAAGGCCCUUCUGGGCAACCUGGUGAGCCAGGAAUAGGAAAACCUGGUCCAACCGGGCCACCAGGAUUACCAGGAACUCCCGGAGCAAAAGGACUUCCAGGCCCUUCAGGCUUGACUGGACCUCCUGGUCUUCCAGGAUUUGGAAGACCAGGGCUACCAGGGAUGAAGGGACAAAGAGGUCCUGAAGGCCUAAAUGGUGUACCAGGAGCAAAAGGAGAACAAGGCCCAGUUGGUGCUCCAGGGGAACCAGGGACAGUUGGUCCUCCUGGGCCAAUGGGCCCACAAGGGCUGAGAGGUACAGCUGGUGAAAAUGGCUUUCCUGGGGCCAAAGGUGAAAGAGGUCCUGCAGGACCAGCAGGUUUCCCAGGAAUUAAAGGAGACAGGGGUUUACCAGGAUUAGAGGGCAAAUCAGGAUAUCCAGGAGAGCCAGGACUUCCUGGCCCAAAAGGACAGCCAGGUUUGCCAGGUUCUAAAGGGGAUAGUGGCCAUGCUGGGUCUCCUGGCCUACCUGGCCCAAUGGGGUCACCAGGGCCUAAGGGAACAGCAGGAUUUAAUGGUGAGCCAGGCCCAAGAGGACCACCUGGAAUACCCGGUACAAGAGGCCCAGUUGGCCCUCCGGGUAUCCCAGGAUUCCCUGGCAGUAAAGGAGAACAAGGGGCACCAGGAUUACCUGGUCCCACUGGUAUUGCAACAAAAGGCUUAGAUGGACCUAGAGGGCCUCCUGGAUUGCCAGGUUCAAAAGGCAACAAUGGAGAGCCUGGAUUGCCAGGUCCUCCGGGUCCCCCUGGUCCCCCCGGACAGCCAGUAUUCCCAGAUGGCCAGGCCCUAGCAGGUGUACCAGUUAUCAAAGCUGGUGCAAGUCAAGGUAUAACCGGAAUGCCCGUUUCAGCUUUCACUGCCAUUCUUUCCAAAGCAUAUCCCACAUCAGCAGUCCCUAUCAGAUUUGAUCAAAUUUUGUACAAUAGACAACAGCACUAUGACCCCAGGACAGGGAUCUUCACAUGCAGGAUACCAGGACUUUACUACUUUGCUUACCAUGUGCAUGUGAAAGGAACAAAUGUCUGGGUUGGCCUGUACAAAAAUGGUUCACCUAUCAUGUACACCUUUGAUGAGUAUAAGAAAGGGUAUCUUGAUCAGGCUUCUGGUAGUGCUGUUGUUGACCUCAUGGAAAACGAUCAAGUCUGGUUGCAACUACCCAAUAAUGAAUCAAAUGGCUUGUACUCCUCAGAGUAUGUCCAUUCCUCCUUCUCAGGUUUCUUAUUUGCUCAAAUUUAACACCAUCCCUCAGAAAUAAGAUUAGUGAACCUUAGUGUGCAUAUUUUUAUUUCUAGAUGUCCAACAAAGACUAGCUAAAGAAAGUCUACAUACAAAUUUAAAUUUCUAGUGCAAAUGCUGUGUGUUGUGCAGUUUUAAAGGGUCAUAUAAUUCGUCACAAAAUAUUAUUUUAUGUUAAUGCUACACACAGAAAUGUAUUUAAUUAAGAUAUUAAUAUACAUGCCCCAACCCUGAGAUAUGGUAAUAAUAAGAGAUUAGGCUUUAGGAAAGACCAGAUAAUGCUUCUCUUAUGUGUGUACAUACAAUGCUCCUCUCUUCACAAAGAAUUAUUUCCAAAUUCCUUAGGUCUAAUUCUUCUAGCUUCAACCCACUUACUCCUAAUUAAUCUAAUAACAAUAUUGUACCUUUCCAAACAUACAGUACAGCAUCAAACAGAGUGAAACUCUGCUUAGGACUGUAGUCUAACACAAGUCACUUGUUUUUGUUUCCAAAGUAGAUUAAAAAACUAUUUCCAUAAUUUAAAAGAGACUAAAAUUCAUUCCAAAAUAGUAAAACCAACCCCCUAACUACCCAAGUUCUUUCUUUUGAAAUCAAUGGCGCUAACGUUCAUAGUAGAGUAUUUUAGAGUGCACUGUAAGUGGC